AAAGUAGAGUGUAGUAAUCAAAAGAUCAACGAUUUCAAACUACAUACAACCUACACGACUCCAGAUAUGGGAGUUGAUUGAAUUAGAUUUGAUCUGCUUUGUUUUUUAGUAGUAUUUCCUUCCACUGCCACAUGGUAGGCACAUAAUUCCAUGACCUCUGCAUCUAAGAAGAUUGCUUUAAAGGAGCUCAUCAUGCCCGGUUCUUGGAACCCUCACGUUUUUAUCAGAUCAUCUUGAUCAACCCAUAAACAAACACACACCACCGCUUGGUAAUUAUCUGCAUCCCAUCAAACCAAGGUUCUGUAAUGCCCUCCACCGCCUCAACUUGACUCCAUUUUCAUCCACUUCCUCUCUAAUCUCUGCUUCAGCUUCUGGGUGUUCUGGGUCUAAUCAGGAACUUGCUGAGUUUAGCAUUAAAGGGUUUUCAAGGUAUCGGUCGGAUGGGGACUUGGAAGGAUUACCAGCUUAUGGUUCUUUUGAUGUAGCCCAGCUGUUUGAUUCAAGUCCCCAGAAGGAAUUGUUGCGUGAAAACCCUGGGACCAUGUUGCAUUCAGCACCAUCUUUUUCUAUAUUUACUGAAGGGUUGGAAGAUGGAGAUAAGGAUGGCCGGGAAGAUGCGGUGAGAGAAGGUGUGACAGGGAGAGCUGUAACUAUUGAGGAGAGUAUAGAAGCUGUAGGAAGUGAUGGGUUUAGUAUUGGGAAGAAAAAGGGAAUGGGAUUGAUUGAGGAAGGAGAGGAGGAAGAAGAAGGAUUUAGUCUAAUUCAGAAUGCUGAUAUUGAGCCAAGAGUUGAACCCCUUAGUCCUCCCAAGUAUCUUGCUACUGGUUUUGGAAUUGAUGCAUUUGACGGGGUUGGAUUUGAAGGUGAUUGUGUUGAUUUGAGUUCAAUAAACUUAAUUGAUGGCGGUGAUCCUGAAGAGCUUUAUAAGAGGUUGGUUGAUGAGUACCCCUGUCACCCUCUGUUUCUAAGAAAUUAUGCACAACUCCUACAGUCUAAGGGAGAUCUUAGUGGAGCAGAGGACUAUUAUCAUCGUGCUACUCUAGCAGAUCCAGAUGAUGGUGAAAUUCUGUCACAGUAUGCCAAACUGGUAUGGGAAUGCCACCACGACAAAGAUAAAGCACUGAGUUACUUUGAAAGUGCAGUUCAAGCUUCUCCAGGAGAUAGUAAUGUCCAUGCAGCAUAUGCCAGUUUCCUCUGGGAAAUAGAUGAUGAAGGAGAAGAAGAUAAAGCAAACGAAGGGUGGCUUGAGGCUAAUGCGCAGGAAAGUGUAAGUUUGUCAAAGAACUCAACUCAUCAAGAAGAAACUGAACCAGAUACCCUAUCGUUACACCUUCCUGAUCUCUCUAGCCUUAGAGCUCAUGAUCCGGAUAAACAUACAGCAGCUGACAUAAGCCAGGAUGUCAACAUUGAAGAUUAUUAUAGGAAUAUGGUUAAGCAAAAUCCUAACAACCCUUUGAUUCUAAGAAAUUAUGCUCGUUUCUUACAUAAGUCAAAGGGAGAUUUGCAAGGAGCCGAGGAACAUUACUCACAAGCCAUACUAGCUGACCCUAAUGAUGGAGAAAUCAUGUCAGAAUAUGCGAAACUGGUGUGGGAACUUCAUCAUAACCAUGAUAAGGCCUUGUCUUACUUUGAACGAGCAGUUCAGGCUACUCCUCAAAAUAGCGAUGUUCUUGCAGCUUAUGCUAGUUUCCUCUGGGAAACCGAAGAAGAUGAAGAAGACAGUACAAAGCAGGAUCAAACUCAUGUCUCUGUUUCACAUGAAGCUGCGGUAACUGCAACCACAGAGCUAUCAGCCUCCUGAUAUUUGGUGUGAAGGACAUCAUGCAUAGGAAGAAUUGGUGGCAAUCUGUUAGAAACAGGUUUUUUGAGGUGUUACCAGUCUAUUUCCGUGGCAUAGAAAUGGCUUUGUAAGUAGCUAGCAAAGAAUGCUAAAAAUAAUAAUAAUAACUAAGCUGGAAAAAGGAAAAGAAUAAAUUCUCAUUCUUGUU